AUGUGGUCAGACUUUGGUGGCUUUAUUCUCCGAGUCCAUUGGGGGCUACGUGGGUGCCCAACAGCAAAGGAUAUUCAGCCCCAUGAUGACUGUCCCUCCAAGAAGCCACUUUACAUGGAACACUUUCUACGUGCCAGGGAUAGGAGGCUCAAUCCCACUCCCCUGCAGUCGGACUACAGACUCCCUCCGAGCCCAGUGAAAGCACCCAAUAUCGCGAUAACCAUCAUUCGGGAGUUUAUGACAAUCCAGCAACGUUUGGUUGAAACGGAGAAUCAGACUACACCUAAGACGCUCAAUGCCCAUUCAACUGAUCUGAACAUACUACUUGAAGGGGUAAAGGACAUAAGCGAGUGCUCAGCAACAAAAGAUGGAAACCGCCUUGAAACAACAAUUAUUGACAACCUUGACGGAAUGAACCCUGAUACACAAGAGUUUCUAGCAUUGGUCAAGUUCAUUAAGGACAUCUACCGGAGAUGGGAGAUGCAAUCCGAGUUUCGAUGGCGUCGACGAUGGCCCGAAGUCAGGAGGUCUAUGCAUCAAGGAGAAUGGUGGCGUCGCCAGGACGAUACUUACCACAUCCUCGUCGCAGUAGGACAAAUUCUCAGUCAUCUCUCGCUCUUCUCUACCGCAUUCGCUUUAUAUGAAGAAGCAAUUAGUGGUAUUGAUAUGCUUCGUCGCCAAACAUCCCCUGAUCAUUUCCGCAAAGAUGUAAAUCGCAACCCUACAUACAAAAAGCUCUACUUCUUGGCCGCUCGCACGGCACUAAAGUGGCACUUUUGUAUGAAUUCUAGUGAUGGCUUCUCGACACCGCUCAAAAAUGCAUUCGCAAGUCUAGAACGAGGAAUGGAAAGGUCUUUGCUUGAUAAUCUGCAUACCAAUUCUCAAAUGGGGUUUUUGAAUCCAAAGUCUGCUAUCAGCGACUACCAGCGUCUUUCCUCAGCUCUGGAAACCAGGCAACGUAUGCUGGAUCACGAAUUGCUACUGGAUAACCCCAAUGUUGCUCGCGUCAAGCAAUGGGAAGAUGAGGUCCGGAGACUGAGAAUACAGGUGACAGACGCCGCCAACACAGGAGGCCCCGCAUCUCUCACAGAUGUUGCGCGACUACAAGAUGUUGUGGAUUGCAUUCCUGAAGGCACAGAGAUUCUGCAGUACUACUAUGAAGACAAGGCUGGACUCGAAGCAGUCAAUGAAGAUCAAGGUGUGGGUGUGAGCAGCACCAGUGAAAACUUCUUCGUGUGGAAGAUAUCCCGGGCGGGUAUUUCCGACAUCUCACUAUUCAACGUGUCCAUUAUCGAACUGGAAAACAAAAUCCGCACUUAUCAUUCCCAAUGUUCAUCAGCUAGAGCGCUCUCUCGACAUCUCGAGUUGUCACUGGUAGAGACAUUGUUCCCAUCAGCUCUAAACCUCAAUGACGCCACCAACUUGAUCAUCAUACCGUGCAGAGGUCUCUGGUCCCUACCGUUUCAUGCUCUCCCUCACCCCCGGACAGGGGAACAGCUAAUGAAGUCACAUUCCAUAUCAUAUCUGCCUUGUGUCAGCGCUUACAUUCCCCUGCGGGCACGCGGGCUCACCAGCAGGAACAUGAAUGUUCUAGCCAUUGGAAACCCGAGCAAUAUGGCACAUCAAGACCUGCAGACAGGAACCAGAAGUCUUCUUCUCCCUCUUCCCGGAUCCGAGCUUGAAGCCAAAUUGGUUGGGAAGCACAAUUCCGAGAGUCUGGCUCUGACGGGCUCUAGUGCGACGAAAACAUCUAUUCUUUCUACUCUUGACAAAUACGACAUUUUACACAUAGCUACACAUGGAGAAUUCUCUCGUCAAUUCCCAACAAUGUCUUCAAUUGCCGUCGCAGAUGGGCAACAGAUUUCUGUUGAAGACCUCAUUGGGUCGAACAUGGCGCAUGAGCUCGUGAUUCUUAGUGCAUGUCACACCGGCGAAUUAUCUCAUUCCGGUAAUAACGAUCUUAUAGGGUUUGCUGCGGCCUUGAUCUUUAAUGGUGUUAAAAAUGUCAUUGUCAGUCUAUGGCCCAUCAACGACCACAUAACAGUCAUCUUCAUGAAGCGGCUAUAUGAGGAAAUAUCACUGGGCUCCUCUAUCAGCAAUGCUUUAAGAAAUUCUCGCUUGGCUGUUUACAAUUCCACAAUAGCUGGAGUAGACAAGGAAUUGAUAAGCAUGAGAUCUAUCGUUGAUAUUAAAGACCGUGAGAUGGAGAGAAUUAUGGCUAAGCUUCCGAGCCAACGACCACCAGAAUACAAGCACCCGAAAUUCUGGGCUCCUUUUAUCUUGAUAGGAGCGGAUACCAAGACUGAUCUACUACCCACAUACCGAGAGGUGGAUGCAGAAGCGGAGACUGAGCAUCGCCAUGAGCCUGUGUAUCAUUGGGGCAACCCUUAUGAGAUAGGUAUUGAAUGGGGUCAAAGAGUCAACAGAUAUUGA